UCAAUUCAUUUAACUUUCACCUUCAUGUUUAUCAUUUUUACCUUUACGGCCUUUUGUUCAAAAUGUGAAAGUUGUGGUUAAAAUAUUGACAUUGAAAUAAUCCGAAUUUUUGAAGUGCGCCAUUCGUGAUAUGGAUACCCUAAAUACUGACGGUUUUUUAGUGAAAUUGAAUGAAUUUCCUCGUUAUUUAAUUGUGACGCCGCUGGUUUUCUUUCGUCUCUCCACCGUGUUUUUCUUGUCAUAGAACAGAUCAACAGAAAUCCAUGAAAAUUCCAGCCAAUCAAAAAUUACUGUUAGAAAGAAAAAGAAAAUCCUGAAAUUAGUAAAAGAAAAACGAUGAUAAAACUGAGUAUGUGAAAUAGGUGUAGAAAAAAUUUAUUGAACUGAGUUUCUAAAAGUGAAAAGUGUUUUAAGUAAAAUGAAUGGAAUGGAGGUAUCCAAAGAGUUAAAAUGUGACAUUGAAACAAACCAGACUCAACUGAAAACUGCUAUUUGCAACCAUCAGAACAUCCUAGCUAGACUUAAAGCUGAUCCUGAUGAUGUUACGUUGCAAAAGUCGCUCAAUAAGGCAGAGGCAGAUAUUAUCGUUAUUGGAUUGGAACAGAAAAGUCUCUUAGAACGUCUCAGAGAGGAAUAUAAAGCAUACCAGAAAUCCGUAAAUACCAAUUUGAUGAAGAAUGGUCUCGAAGAGCGAAGAUUUAAUCUCACCAGUGCAUUGAACAGAGCUAGGAAACAAACUAUCGUACUAAGAUCUGCCUCUGCCACAUCAUUCUCGGAUGAUUCAUUGGAGCAUUUAUCGCCCCAUUCAUCGCCCGAACAUGCCGCACUGAAUCCAGUGGAACCCCAAGAUAUCACCCAAAUAGAAUUUCUUAACUAUUUCUCCUUGGCGACUCACGAAGCGUACAAGGAGAUGCAAAAUAAAAGAGCGGAGAGAAAGCGACGUAGCACCGCCAACCCGCAUUUUUUGUAUGGAAAUAAAGGUUGGGAUUUUUUGACGAACAACAAACGGAAACGAAAUGCUUUUCUCAUGUCUCCCGUUUCACCUCCGCACACUCGCCAGUCCAUCAAAAGAAAGCAAGAACGUAUUUCACCUCCACUUCCUAACACCACAUCGGUCAUAUCGUCGACGAUAUCGAAGAGCCCGAUCAAAUCAGAGCAAAAUGGAAACGCAAGCAGCACUUUAACCAAUUCGCAAUUCAACUCGUUCCCGAUAAUUCCUAAUCUUCCCAGUGGCCUUAGUAUCGAGAGAGUUAGCCCAACGGGCAGUUUGUCGCCAGAUAACAGAACUUGUGUGACUUGUAAACAGCCAGGAGCUCUUACCUUGUGCGAAGUGUGCGGCAAUAAUUUCCACAUCAGUUGUCACAACCGUCCUUUGACCCACACUCCACGCCAAUGCCCGAAAUGCAUUGUUAAAGAAACUAGAACCGUAGGUUCGCUCAAUGUGCCUUCAUAUAUGACAGUGUCGUGCUUUACGCCGGCUCAAAUGUCAGAAAAACUGGACCAAAAGAAGCAGCUAGAAGAGAUAAAGCAAUCUCUCGCCGCCGAAUUGACGCAGCUACAAGACCGACAUUCACAAUUGACCAUAUCUUUAAAAGAUCAGAAGAACCAACAAGACCAACUCUUGAUGACGCAGAACAGCACCCAAGAUAAGAUCAAGCAGAUCUUGAGCUUUAUCGAAAAAGUCAAGAAUCCCAUCUGUUCUGAGAUCGAAACUAUCGAAAUAUCUUGAUCAAGUUAAAUUUGACGUUUUUAUUAUAAUAAUUAUUGUUACUUUGUUUUUUAGGAUUAUUAAAAUUAAUAAAAUUGGUCUUGGUGGUAUAAGAAUAAUGAUGUCUCCAACGAAAUUAUGUUCUAAAGUUUAUAGGAUACUACAUUUCUUUCUCUGUUUUUUAUCUACCUAUUCUCUCCGUCCCAAAUGCAUGUCAAUAGGUUUGUUCGUAGAACGAUCAGCAACCGUUGCCAACCAUCAGACGCAUGCGCGUUCAUAGUCUACGAACGCUAACUGUUAACUGCGCAUGUGGCUGAUGGUUGGCAACAGUUGCUGAUCGUUUGGAUCGUACUACGAACAAACCUAUUGUCAACCAUCUACACCCACGGACGAAAAUAUCGAAUAUUUUGAAAUUUUUUGUGCUGCAACCCUUAGCCCUCCCCGUGUCUCAGGUUUAGGCUAAGGCCAGACACGCGAUAAUUUACGGCGCCGUAAGAGCCGUAAAAUGAAGCGCGAAAAUGGGUCACACGGUGAGAGUAGUAGAUGACCAGACUGAGCUGUAAAAUAUCGCGCAGCAACAUCGAACGGGCCCAUCUUCGGCGUGUGUCACAAAUGAAUGGACCUGGGUCCAAAUUUGUAGCUCAUCUAGCCACAACAACGACCAAAACACUGUAUUUACAUCUCGCGACACGCCGUAAUUUACAUUCCCGUCUGGCCAUGCUUUUUACUGCAGCUACUGCCGCUUCAUUUUACAGCUCUUGCGGCGCCGUAAAUUAUCGCCUGUCUGGCCGUACGCUUAGGAUUAAUUUUCCGAAUGCGGUGUUUCAAAGUAUCAUUUAAAUUCUAGAUCAGAUUUAACUCCGAUAUAGGCUAUAUGCUGGCCAAUAUAAUUUUUCAACUGAAUCUCAUACUCAAGGUAAGUAUGGUCCUCUUCGCAGGCAUUUUUCAGUGCGUCACAAGUGAGAGAAAAAAAGGUAAGUCCGUGAUAAUACACAUUUAUAACAUAACAUUUUAGUUAAAUCUGACAGUGACAGUUGUCAGAAUCGUAAUCAGCCAAAUAUGAAAAGGGUAUUGCAGUAUAACCCUUUUAUUUGUAAUUUGGUAUAAAAACAAAUCAAUUGUGUUUAUUUCUUUUGAUUUGUAUAGUCUUAUAAAUUGUACAGAUUAUAGUCGUAUAUAUAAUUCGUAAAUCAUUUUUUGUUCGAUUGCAACAGCUAGAAUAAAUGUUGAAAUGACUGUAAUCACGGAAGUACGUUUUUUUCUGUCACUUCCAACUUAAUCCGUUAGAAAGAAAUCGUAAAACUGUGACGCACUGAAAAGUGCCUAUGAGAAAAAAAUUAUUAACUACGUGGAAUUAAGUAAACACUUCUGUUGUAUGUAGGCAUAUGAAUUUAUUAAAAUUCUUAAAAUUUAUCCACAAGGGAGUGGAAGUACAAAACGUUUUCGGUCAAACUGACCAUCAUCAGUGUAAACCUGGAAAUAAGUGAAUGGUUACACUGAUGAUGGUCAGUUUGACCGAAAACGUUUUGUACUUUCACUCCCUUGUGGAUAAAUUUUAAGAAUUUUAAUAAAUUCAUAUGCCUACAUACAACAGAAGUGUUUAAUUCAUUCCACGUUGUUAUAUCGAAGGUAUACAGCCAACUACAGGGUUUACCCCUUUUUAAAGUUUUAGAUUAUUAACUAUUCUAGCGACAUGAAGACGUGCGUUAACGUACAUUAGCACGAAUCUAUCAUAUCAUAUCCAAUAUGGCUGGCAAAACAGGAUCUUCUAAAAUGUUUUUAAUGUACGUGUCAGCUUUCGUUCAUCCAAUCACCUCUAUAAGUUCGGUAUUCCCUUUUCAAGAAAUACCAUUCCAUAGCACUAUGCCGCCACAUCCAAAAUUAACGCUUUGUAUGAGGUUACAACUGACAUACCGUUUACCAACUCUUCUAUAGACGAAGUUUUGUCAGUCAUGCUUCCAUAUGGUGAACGGUAUGCCAGUUGUAACCUCAUACAGAGCGUUAAUUUUGGUGGUGACUGCAUAGUGCCAUGGAAUGGUAUUUCUUGGAAAAGACAUACCGAACCUGUGGAGGUGAUUGGGUGAAUGACAGCUGACAUGUACAUUAAAAACAUUUUAGAAGAUCAUGUCUUACCAAUUAUCGACCAUAAUGGAUGUGACAGAUUCGAGCUAAUGCACCAUUAGAAUAGUGAAUACUUACCUUGAUGAUAUUCAAUUUAAAAGAUGACAUUGGCCACAAUAUAGCCCAUAUCAGAUUUAAUUUCGAUCGAGUGUGACACUUAAGAGAUCGCAUUCGGAAAAGAAAUCCUAUCCCUAUGACCCUCGGAGGGCUCAGCCCAAAGGAUUGCAGCCCAAAAAAUGUCAGUCCACAUGAUAAUUUCAAAAUAUUCGAUAUUUUUGUCCAUAAGUAUAUAAUUAUAGAAAGUUAAUAAGUGUAAUCAAUACGUUUUCUUCAUGCUUUUAGUCAAUUUGUUCGUAUUUUAGCAAAUGAAUCCCCAAAAAAUCUUAAAAGUUGCUUCCAAUCACAGUUCUUCCAUUUCUGUAGUUUUUCCGACACUCGCCAUUGACUGGUGGUGUUCUCGUUAGGAAAUAGCUAUAACGAUUUCUUUUCUGGAAAAGAAUGAACUUAAAUAUUGUUAAAAAACCAAGGUAGUGUUCCGUUAGAGUCGUUAGACCAAUCUAGAAACUAGUUCGCUAUCUUUGGAUCCUUAGGAGUAGUAACUUACUCGUUGUCAUCUCAUAGACAUAAUAAGAAUUGACAAGGUAAGGUAUGGGCCGUUCUGUGGAUAGAGAUGUGUAACGCCAAUAUCAAGGACGUCAUUGGUCAAUAUGAGUGGUCUAGCCAUCUUUGUCUGUCACAUGCGCGGGUUCGCGCGGAAAAGAGAGAAAGAUAGACCACCUACCGACUGCUCCGCGUUACACUAUUUUGCCUACCAUGCCUAGUCUAUUUUUAUUAUGUCUAUGGAUCAUCUUCGCCUAUUAUGACGUUAUUAUGACGUCAGAACAGAAUAAAAAUAAAUAUUAGGUGUAUAAAGAAUUACAGUUGAGUCCGCGAGUCUUUACCCGUGCGUCAUUAAUACCUGGCGAGAUAGACAUACUUUUUAUCUAGCAUCAUUCUCUUCCACCCAUGAAACUAGUGACAAACCAGCUGCCGCCUGUUAUUAAGUAAAAACACGUUAUUUUUAUGAACGAUCUAGACUCAGUGCAUUGAAAAGAGAUAGGUACAAAGAAAGACGAUUGGGGAUGUUUUCACAUAUUUUAUUUUAAGUACAAUUUCUGACGUUUUGGUUUGUUUACUUUUGUGGCUGUCAGUUUGUUGAAUUUUUUGCUGUUAUUUUGUCGAAUUUUUGCAUUUUGAAGUUUUUUAUACUAUACAAACAGUUGUUUUCACAACUAAUUUUAUAUUGGAGUUAGAAAUUUUAUGAUAAGUUUAUGUUAUUUUACGAUAAAUUUAGACAACAUACAAAUAACCUCAUUGUUGACAAAGUUAAGGAAUGCUUGUGUUUAAUGUUUCGCCAAAAUGAAUAAAAUAACAAAAAAAAAUAUGCUAUCGAAUUUUUUGUAUAAAUUGUUUAUUUAUUUAUUAAUCAAUGAUAAUUAAUAAAAGAAUUUAUUAAGCUACUUCAAAUGUAGCUGUAAUUAUGCACCAAAAUUUUAAAGCAAAACUUAAAUUUGACAUUCUAUUUAUUUGAUAACGUCAAAUUUUAUACUUUAACCCGUGAUCGGUUUAAUACCCACUUUCUGUCACUUGCUGUUGCGUUUAGUAAAUUUCCAACUUAUUUCGUAUGCUUUAAAUGAUGACGCACGGGUAAAGACUCGGGGACUCAACUGUAUAAAGGUGUAUUUUUUCCUACUAUUCCAGAGAUUGAUUCCAUUUUAGUUCAACUCAAGUUUUUUUGACAGUUUGCCAUUAGACAGUAACGACAAUAAUUUUCUUCGGUGAUAGAAUAAUAAUUUUUCAGUUUUUUGGUUUUGGGAAUACUAAAAAUGAUGUAGGAGCACGAUUGGUGAAUAUAAAUAAUUGUGAUGUAAUGCUCAAGUAAUUGAUAAAACAAGAGCAUACACAAAAGAGCUACACAAUGAUCAUUUUGUACAUAAAUUUCAUUAUAAAUUCAUUGUGUAAAUCUUUGUUUAAAGUAUAUUUAUUUUAUAGGUUUUAAUCGACUGUAGGUUUUGGUCCCCACUUAACAAACUUUUCUAAUACGGAAACUUUUCUGGAGGGGGGCGUGUCGCAAAUAUAGAGGUUUCCAAACUUUGGUGUGUCCGACAACUGGAGUAGCCUUAAAAAUUUGUCGGACAAUAUUACCAGUUAAUUGUAAAUAUUUUUAUCAAACAAUCCUGCAAAAAUCAGAUGUGAGGGUGUAAAUUUUAUGACUCUUUAUGAUGCGUGCGCCCCCCACACGGGCAGCGUACUAUGGAGAUUAUUUUUUUGCAGAAUUGUUUGAUAAAAAUACUUACAACUUACUGGUAAAAUCGUCCUACAAAUUUUUAAGGAUUCUCCAGUUCUACGAGACAUCUAUAUUUACGAGAAUCCCCCUCACGAAAAUUUUCCGUAUUAGAAAAUAACCGAAUAAAAUAAAUAAAAGUCGCAUGAGGGAGGUAGUAAUUUUUUUAAGUGUGGGCCAAAGAUCUAUUGGAAUAUUUGUUGUAAUUAUUUAUGAAAAAAUAAAAGACGGAGAAAUUGGGUAGCAUUUUAAUUUUACACUGCCAAGCUCAAAAACUGUUGCAAAAAAUGAUGUAUCGCUAUGUUUUCGGAUGUAAAUAGUAUGUUUUUGUAACGAUUUUUUAAUAAAAAUUGGUACAUUUUUAUUAUGCUAUAUUUUAUUAGUUUUAAAGAUACAGACUGAUCGUAUUUUGUUAAUGGGAACAUGUUCCAUAAGAUAUUAAUAAACGAUUUUUAUAAUA